AUGGCUGAUAAGAAAAAGGCCGAUUCGAAUGAGAUCAGAGGUGAAAUGAGCGAAUCAACGCCACUUUUAGAAGAUGAUAGACAUGUUAAAUUCAAUACUAGAAUAAGGAUAAACAGGAAUACGACGGCAUCAACUACGAGCUCAGUUUCAGCGUCGCUGAGAUCAAAUUCAAGCAAUCAACGCUACUCAAACUCAUUCAUGAGCAUAACGCCUUUACCUGACCCAUAUGAUAAUAGUCCAUCGAGUAGUGAAUACAUUUGGGAUAGCAUCGUUGAACGAGGCAGUCCGCAAAUGGAUGAUGAAAUGGCCCGAUUGAUGGGAUUUAGUGGAUUCGGUAAGAAGGAUAAAGAGCAGAAGUCAGCGAUUAAUCAAAGAUUACAAUAUUCUAAAAGGGAUGAUAAUGAACCUAUAAUAAAAAACACUGAUGAAAAUGAUCAGCAACCUCCUCAACAGCCUUCUCAAUCACAGUAUAAUUCUCUUGCCCCUCCCGCUGAUGAUGAACAUAAGCCUGACAUUGUAAACUUGGAAAAGACUCAAAAGACUCAAAAGACUCAACCUCAGCAACCCAUAAAGCCCCCAGAACCCUCUCAAGAUGAAGAAUACGAAGCUGAUCGUGAUGAAAUCCCUUGUUCGCAUGAAAUCAUCCUUCAGGAUCAUACAAAGGCUGCGACUGCUCUCGAUCUAGAUCCAUCCGGUAGUCGUCUUGUCACCGGUUCUCAUGAUUACGAUAUCAAAUUAUGGGAUUUCGCAGCAAUGAAUAGUACUUUGAGACCUUUCAAGUCUUUUGAAGGGUGUGAGACUAAUCAUAUACAUGACCUCAAGUAUAGUAUAAAUGGUGACUCAAUCCUUGCAGCAUCUGGGCAAGCUAUCGUGAGACUAUUUACCCGUGACGGUGAUGAGAUAUACAAAUGGUCAAAGGGCGAUCAAUACAUUAAAGAUCAACGUCAGACAAAAGGACACAUUGCUGAAAUCAACAACUGCGCUUGGCAUCCAUUCGAUUAUAACAUCUUCAUCACUUGCUCUGCAGAUAGCACAGUACGAAUCUGGGACGUUACAGAACCUCGUGAACAGAAACAUGUCCUUGUGUUUAAAUCUAAAGAAAGAGGUACGAAAACAAAGGUGACUGCUUGCGCGUAUAGUCCAGAUGCCAAGUACAUAGUAGCAGUUGGUCUAGACGGUGCUAUGCAUCUUUGGUCAACGGCCGGGAACUACGCUCGACCUAACGCAACGAACGACGCUGCGCACAACAAAAACACCUGGACUAGCUCUGUAGGAUUCACACACGACUCCAAGUAUAUCAUCACUCGAGGCGGUGAUGACACAGUGAAAUUGUGGGAUGUGAAAAACAUCAAGCGACCAUUAAGUGUAGCUAGCAAUCUUCCUUCCCUUUAUCAAGAGGUGAAUGCUGCUAUAUCACCUGAUGGCAAGUACAUAAUGACCGGUGUGGCUGGAGAGCGAGGAGCAACCAAGGCCUCAGUCGUAGUUUUAUCACGAAGCGACCUCUCAGAAGUACGUCGUAUACCAGUCGGCAAAGACAGAGGAGGGUGCGUGAUAAGAACGCUAUGGCACUCGCGCAUCAAUCAAAUAAUAGCAACACAUUCAAAUGGCAGCGCAUACGUCCUUUACGACCCAAUGACAUCUGUCCGAGGUGCCCUAAUGCCUUUGGGGAGAGCACCAAAGCGUGCGCGUGAUGUAGAAGAGGUCCUCGCAAGCACUGACCCAGAUCGCGAUUUAAGAGUACCGAUCAUUACGCCAGAUGCCAUGGAAGAGGAUGAGCGGACCAAGAAGCGUAUGCGCGCCAAGAAGGAGUCUGAUGCUCGUAAACCACAGCCACCGCUGGUGGGCGCAGGCAGAGGAGGCAGAGUGGGGAGUAGUGCGACACAAGCAACUGUCCAGAGACUGUUUGGUGAGAGUACAUUGGGACAGGAUCCACGUGAGGAGCUUCUCAAGUAUGCCCAUGUCGAUAAGGACCCGACGUGGACAGCUGCUUGGAAGGAUACAGGGAAGGUAUAUGAUGACAAGACAGAGGAGGUAGACAAGGACAAGAAGAAAGAGAAGGAGUAG